CUCACGUCCUCAAACAGGACUGUCUCAUGUGAAUCCUGAAAACCUUGGAAAACGAACAAAAAUCCUUAAAAAUGAACUCGAUAGCAAAGCAAGUAUCAAACUUCUUCAGACCCCCUGGGCUUGCAUGUAAUCCAUUGCGUUCAAUGCAUCAGCAAUUCCAGCAAUGGCGAGGGAUUCGAGUAAGGAUACGGAAUGGAAACCUUGAGCAAGCUCUGACUGUGAUGCAGCGUAAGAUGCAAUCAAGUGGCAUGGAACGUCUGAUAAAGCGCCAGCAGACCCACCAUGUUAAGAACUCUGAGAAGCGUGUCCUAGCUCAUAAAGCCCUGGAGCGGAGGAUCCGAUCCCAGGAGCUUGCUCGCAAGCUCCAAGCCAUCCUUGUCAAGAAAGUCAGGGGUCUUUGAGAGCUUUGUUGAGUUGCUACUUGAAGCAUUAUUUGCUAAGGCUAUUGGCAGUGUGCAACUGGCUAUUAAUUUUACAGGUUUGUUCAUGUGUGAUUCUGGAUUUCUAUUAGGAACAAACUCCUAAUGUUUCAAAUAUAUUUUUCUGCUGACCAAUGUUCUAUAUCUAAUCA